CUGAAUGACGCCCACGGGCUCCCAAAAUAUGUCCGGAGUGUGCGCGGUGCAGUGAUAGUGGGGUCCCGGCGAGCCAGUAAUUAGUUCAGUCGGGAUCAGUACACAAUGCCUCCAGCCAGACGUCAAGCUGCCAUAAAUCACCGCCUCGUGCCAACCAGGGGUGCAGGCACCAGAUCUCGUACAGAGCAAAGGCGGUCAACACGCCAGAAUGCCCAAGUGCCACUGGUAACGCCAUUACAGGACAGUGAAUAGGAAACACAGACGUCCUCAGUUUCGGCCAUUGCAAAAGAAUUAUUUGCCAUGAUGAAGGCCGAAGGCAUGGUUAUUUCAGCACCUACGCCUAUACAGGAGCCAGCUGGACACACAUCACAUGUACGAGUUGCCCCUACAGCAGCCCUUGGUGCACCGGGGCAACAUCCUUUGCCAGCAUCAGCCCUUGGAGCACCCGGGCAAAGAAAUGUAACAGCUUUAAGACAACCCUCCAAUUUCACGCAGACACUUGGUGCACUUAUGCACCAACCACAGCCAGCUGCUCUGAACAACAACAGCGAUGGAGUUUCCAGCCCAAUAAGGGAGGUUCCGGAAUCUCCAAUGUCUAUUCCUGAUGUUUCGCUACAUGGUGUAGCAGAAGAUAUAAUAGGUAUCAACCAAAAUGUUUUAUCAUUUAGCAGCAUUUCUCGCCCUCUUGACUCGUGUGUUGAUGCACGGGUCAAAGAAAAAAUUCAGGCGGACCAGUAUAUUGAAUUUGGCGCCCUUAUCAAUACAAAUAAAUCUGAAAAUUUUAACAUUACGGUUCAGGCUAACACGCUGUCACUAGUUCCAAAAAAUAAAGCCAUGCCUAUUAAAACAUUAGACCAAUGGCAGAGUGCCUUUCAAAUUUUUGUGACAGUGCUUACACAAGCAAAACCAACUAUGGCUGCAGCAUUGAUGAAGUAUGCACAUACUAUUCAGACUAUUGCUAAGAGGGCGGGAGAUGCUGCUGCUAUAGGUUAUGACAUGAUGUUUAGAAAGUGGAGGCAGGCAAACCCUGAUAGUCUCCCUUGGGACCAGGUGGUCUCGGAGCUAUAUCUGGAGGCCAUGACAUCUACCAACAAUAAUAAACGUGCGAAUAUAUCAAAUCAAUCAAGUUCUCAGUCUCAAGGCAAAAUUUGCUAUGCUUUUCGGAACAAAGGUUUCUGUAACAAAACCAACUGUAGUUUCCAGCACACCUGUAAAAUUUGCAAAGGUCCCCAUUCAUUUCGGAAAUGUACAAAGUCGAAUUCCGGAGCAAGUCAGUCCUCCACUGCAUCAACAGGGGGCAAUAAAUCUAAACCCACGAGUAACAAGUAGUAGUCUAGUACCUACUCCUGUCAGUUUCAGUAAUAUAGUGCCAUACUUAAACGGUUAUGAUGCCGAUUUGACUAAAUUUCUGUUACAAGGUUUUAAACAAGGUUUUUCACUAUGCUAUAUUGGGCCUAGAAUUUUUCGGUCGUCUGACAAUUUGUUAUCAGCAAAACAAAAUCCUCUUGUACUUCGAGAAAAAAUUCAAAACGAAGUGGCUCUGGGCCGAAUCGUUGGUCCCUUUACAACUCCACCAUUUGAAAAUUUACAUAUAUCGCCUUUAGGCUUAGUACCAAAGAAAGAUCCAGGUGAAUUCAGAGUGAUACAUCAUUUAUCAUAUCCAACAGGUUCCUCAAUCAACGACGGUAUUUUAGAUUCAGAUAAAACAGUUCAUUAUGAGACAUUAGACCAAGCCAUCGAAUUAAUAAAUCAGUAUGGUAGGGGUACUCUUUUAGCUAAAACUGACAUCGAAUCUGCCUUUCGAAUUAUUCCAGUUCAUCCGGAGGACUACGAGUUGCUGGGCAUGAAAAUAGAUGACUUGUACUAUUAUGACCGUUGUUUGCCCAUGGGGUGCGGGAUUUCUUGUCAGCUUUUUGAAAAAUUCAGUUCAAUGUUGCAUUGGGUAAUGGUAAACCACUUUAAAGUAUCGGGUUUAGUUCACGUAUUGGAUGAUUUUUUGUUUUUAAGCCAGCCUCAUUCUACAAAAUGUCUAAAGGAUUUGAACAAUUUUUUAGCAUUUUGCGACUUUGCGCAUAUCCCAAUUAAGGCUUCUAAAACUGUUUUCCCCACGACUUGUCUGACAUUUUUAGGUAUAGAGCUUGAUACCAUGGAGAUGGUAGCUAGGUUACCGAUGGAUAAAGUAGAAAAAAUGCGCAAGAUUGUAGAAGAAUUUCUCUUAAAACCCAAAGUAACUUUACGUGAGAUUCAGUCACUAAUAGGCUUGUUGAACUUUGCCUGUCGGGUAAUUACUCCGGGGCGACCUUUCCUUCGCCGCCUGAUAUCGUUGACUUAUGGCUUGAGAAAACCUAAUCAUCACGUUCGUCUUACACGUGAGCCAAAGCUUGAUUUAAGAGUCUGGCAGGUCUUCUUGCAGCAUUUUAAUGGUACUACUAUGUUCCUACCAACAGCUUGGCAGUCAUCCGAUACUUUACGUAUGUUUACGGAUGCCAGUAACUUAGGGUAUGGGGCGGUUUUCGGUACACAUUGGUUUUAUGGCGCGUGGCCGGACGACCUCAAAGUUCACCAUAUUAACAUUAAAGAGCUAUUCCCGAUAACAGUGGCGCUGGAACUCUGGGGUCAGGAGCUUAGAGAUUCAUGCAUUUUAUUCUAUUCUGACAAUAUGUCGGUAGUUCACAUCAUUAAUAACCAGUCUUCUACCGAUCUUACCAUGAUGAAAUUGGUGCGCUGUUUAGUUGUAGCUGCACUUAGUUAUAAUAUUCAGUUUAAGGCAAGGCAUAUUUCGGGGCAUUUAAAUGUUGCAGCUGAUUUCCUGUCUCGUUUGCAGGUCCAGGCUUUUCAGCAGCACAUGCCGCACAUGGACAACCAUCCAAUGUCAGUCCCUCACCCGUCAUUGAGAAUUUGACGCGGGAAGUUCAUACAUUGAUUAAUAAUGCCCUCACAGAGGGAUCAAAGCAAUUAUAUCGAAGAGCUUUCAACCUCCUUCAUCAAUUCUUAGCCAAUACUUUAUGUGUUUCCAGCCACUUACCCAUUAGCACUGAAUAUUUGGCAUUAUUUAUAGCUCACUUGGUUCAAUCCAAUUUGGCUAAUUCCACAGUGGUGUCUUAUGUAUCUGCUAUUAGUUAUGCGCAUAAAUUGUUAAACCUGCAGGACCCAACUCAGUUUUUCGUUAUCAAAAAGAUGUUGACAGGAUUACAGAAACAAGGUAAAACUCCUGAUACUCGUCUCCCAAUUACUAAAUUUAUUCUUCACAAGUUGGUCUCCACAUUACCUAGUAUAGGGCUAUCAUCUUAUGAGCAAUCAACGUUUAAGGCAAUGUAUCUAUUGGCAUUUCAUGCUUUUUUGCGGGUAGGAGAAAUGGCCGCAGGUCAAGGAAAGCACAACCUUUUGAACCUGGCUGAUAUUCAGUUCUUUAAUGCCGGAUCUAACAUUCCGAGCAGAUUAGAAAUUACUUUUAAAUCAUAUAAGGGUCAUUAUCACACUGAUCCUAUGACUCUCUCCCUGCAAAGUCAUUCCGAUUGUACAUAUUGCCCUGUGUAUUCAUUGUAUCGAUUUUUGCAACUUCGCGGUUCAGCGUCGGGCCAUAUUUUCAAUUUUUCUUCAGGAAAGACAGUAUCGUACGCUUACUUUGUUAAAGUUUUGAAACGUUCACUAUUAGCUUCCGGCUAUAGCCCUGACUCUUACAAGAGUCAUAGUUUUAGAAUUGGAGCAGCCAGUUCCGCUGCUAGUAUGGGUGUUCCCGAAUCAGAUAUUCAGGCAAUGGGUAGGUGGCAUUCACGGGCGUUUAAACGCUACAUUCGCAUACCAACAUAUUCUGCUAGCUAGUCCAGUAUGUUGGAUGCAUGGCAUCUUCAUACAUGGAUUUACACUUUUUUGGGUAUAAUUGUUUGCCUGCCUCUACCUCUUGGUACAGUGUGUACUUUUGUUUGAAAUGUACUAUUUCAGUUCAAAUAUUCUAGUAUGCGAGAGCUCAAUGGACUUUAUAAAUGUGAGCGGUUUAAAUAAUUACUUCCUGUUAUCAAUUUUGCCAGUGUAUUGACCUGGGGUGAUGCACCUCUGUCUUUUCACUGUGUAUAGAUGGAUCUGCCACACUGACUAAGGUGUUACAAGACUAUCAAUAUGUUGGACUCAAUAUGUACCACGUUUUUAUUAUGUGCUUUUUGGAACUAUCACGCAUAAUCAUGAUCAUGUGUAAGCGCUUGGAGUGAUGCAUUUCAGCGCAGAGAUGAUAUGAUAAAGCAUGCAUGCAAUAACAGAGAUCUCAAGUGGUCAAAUCAUAGUGUAACAUGUGAAAUGCCCCGCAGCUCUCAUGGACAGUUCAGAGAGGAUAUUUGUGACAUUCAUAGGAGCCUGGGAUGAUGCAUCUCUGCUCCUACAAACUGAUACAUGUAUAUAUAUGUAUAACAUUUACAACCUUGAAUGCAGUAUGUAUGACGCCCCUGUGCUCUCAUAGACAGUAAAAUAAGGAGAGUAGUAGCAUUAGUAGGAGCUUGGGAUGAUGCAUUUCUGCUCCUUACAAACUGAUGUAUGCGUACGGGUGUAUGACAAGCUUGUAUGCCAUGGAAAUUUGUUUUGUUAUAUUGUUAAUUGUGUUCAAUUGUGUUACUGUGUCUAUCAGUCUUACUGCUGUGGGUGGGGGAUGCAGGCUACAAUGUCUGUGAUCUAUGUUGAAGCUAGUUCAGACAUAACAGCCUGCAUUGUGGCCCUUUUCCCCCCUCACCUACACUAGUCAAGCAUAAUUGUUUACCUUGCAUUAAUAUGUAAUACUAUAGAAGUAUAUGUUGUAGUCAUGCUAUGACAUGAUAUUAUGUAAGGUUGAUUUUGAUUAUGAAUGUCGUUUUAAAUAAACGGCCAUUUCUAUUCUA